AUGACCGACGAAAAGGUCCCCGCUGUUGAUGACAAGGAGGUUUUUAAUGUGCUGUCGUCAGCAGUAAAGCUCGACAGUCAUGGGCUACCGCUUAGUCCACAGCCCUCUGACGACCCGGAAGAUCCACUCAAUUGGCCACUCGCUUACCGUCUAUUUGUUUUAACACAAGUUAGCCUUCUCGCAAGCCUCGGGAACCUGAAUAUUGCUGUGGUCAACCCAACGUUCAGCCAGCUGGCGGAGGAAUUUGGAAUAUCUACUGUUACAGCUUCGUAUCAAACAACGGUCGCAAUCGCAAUUAACGGCAUGGCACCUUUCUUAUUUCUACCGAUAGCGAACGCCUGGGGACGCCGCCCAGUCUAUUUAAUCACUACCUUCAUUGGGUUCGGUUCUGCGCUCGGAUCCGCAUACUGUCAUCUUUGGGCGUUGGAACAGCGCCACGAACCUCCAUCAACCUCUAUCGACGAAGAGGGUCAGCAGUGCGCUAGAGGCAUCGAUACCAAGUCGGAGUUAGAGACAGUACCUGUUGACUCGAUUCGAAGACACAUUUACAGACUGAGGCUUCACAGGCGUUAUAUCAGAAGAGAGAUACGCUUGAGGGAUUUUGUCGCUCCUGUAGUCAGGAUAGCUAGACAUCCAUCUGUCUUGUUUCCCGCACUGUACUAUGCCACGCAGCAUGGUUUUGGGACCAUUCUUCCAGCAAUUAUUGGACCAACAAUCCUUCCACAUGGCUUCGGCUGGAAGAGUCUCCAAAUUGGGCUCGCGACUGGUGGUGCUCUUACUAUCGGUUGCUUCCUAGGAGAGCUCGCGGGUGGUUGUGUAGUAGACUCUGUCAUGAACAAGGCCCGCCAGAGGCACGGUGAAGAUUCUCCCAGUGAAGUAAGGUUAAAGGCGGUCUGGACAGGAGAGAUACUCGUGCCCGCGGGGCUCCUUAUAUUUGGGUUUGGUUUCCAAUAUGGUGCAGCAUGGCCAGGACCUAUAGUUGGAGUAGCCGUGUCGUGUUUCGGUGCACAAUGUAUUACUACUGUUAUGUUAUGGACUCAACUCAGUCAUCCUUUUAGGUUUCUUAUGUCCUUGUCCUAUAUCUCGAACCAUAGAGAGCAGUCAAUAGAAGUUGCUCAGGUAUUCAACUUCUUCCGAAUUCAUGGUCAGGCCCUAUCCUCUCGCAGCGGAGUUUCAAAUUUACUCCCGUUCGCGAUCAGUGGCGUCGGUGCCACCAAUGUGGCGCACCCGAACUUGAUGGAGUGA